UUCGAUCUUGCUUGCCGAAAAUGAAGCAGGGGAGGAAAGGAAUCGCCUGAAGUGCGGGGGUCGCCGGGGAGUCGAAAAAGGGAAAGCGACAGAACCUCCGACUUCCCGUAAAAGCACCUGUGCGGUCGGUCGUGCGCGAGGGGGUGGGGGGGGGGGGGGCUGCUCCCUCGUUAGGAGACCCCGAGGAAACCCCCGGAGCACGAGCGCGAUCGCCUCUCGUUCCUGCGGCAAAAGGAGAACGCGUCUCGAUCGAUCAAUCGUAAAGAGGCCCCGCGGCCGCGGUCUCCGGCGGCGAUGGACUCCGCCGCCGACGCUGCCGGCGAGGUGUUCGACGGAAGGCCCCAAGAGAAGAGCCCAAGAUUUGACGCGGGGUGCGAACACCCGCCGGAGUCGUUGUGGGCGGGCCUUCAGCCGGACGCCCUGGGCGUCGUGCUCCGCCUCCUGCCCUGCAGCGCCGACCGCGCGAGGGUGCGGUCCGUGUGCCGCCACUGGCGCGCCGCCGCACGCGGCCACGGCGUGCCCCCACCGCUGCCCCUGCUGGUGCUCCCCAAGUUCAGGUUCUCGUGCUUGUCCCCCGGUGGCGCAUUGAUAUCCGCGCGGUGCGCCUGGAUGCCACAGGAGGUGUCGGACGAUCAUGCCCGUUGCCUGGGAUCUUCUGAUGGGUGGCUCGUGGGCGUGAGACAGGCUGAUGACGAGUGCUUCUUGGUGAAUGCCUUCUCCCACGAGGUGGUCCAUCUACCGCGCCUGAGUGCUUCCGAUUACAGUUGUUCCAUCUGCUCACUCCGCAGAGUGGUACUAUCUGCUUCACCUGAGUCAGGAUCCAAGUGCAUUGUGGCUGCUUUCGCCUUCCGCGGGUCUAAACCUGAACUUGCGCUCUGGAAACCUGGGAUGACGUCAUGGCAUGUUUGCCAAGAUGCUUUGAUUGCUGGGCACAUUGAUAUCGCCUUCUAUCAAGGGAAACUGUAUAUGGUCUGGAGGUUCACACCAUGCCUCUUCGCUCUUGAACUUGGGGAGGAUGAGCAUGGGGUCAAUGUCUCUCUUGUUAAGGAUUGUUUGAUUGAAAGGCUUCUCCCUAACCCUCUCGAGCGCAAUGGUGUAUUGAGUUGCAACAUAGUGGUGUGGCGUGGAAAGCUUUUAUUGAUCAUCAGAUACUAUGGUGGUUCCCAAGCCAGGGACAAUAUUCGUAAAGUCGAAGUGUUUGCACUGGACUUCAGCACGAACCCUUAUGGACUCACUGAGAUCCACGGCUUUGGUAGCGACUGUGUCUUUGUUGGCUCAGGCGGCUGCAAAUCCUUUCCUGCCGGUCUGCAUGGUGGAGUUGAAGGUGACCUUAUCUACUUUGUUCCUGAUGAUUACAACCCUCAUGGUACAUUUGUGUACAACAUGAGAGAUGGUACGGUGAGACCCUUUGCUAUUGAGUCGUCACCUCGCAACAUUGGCGCACCAGAGGGCAACCUCGAUUUCCCGGUGUGGUUAUUUCCUUCAGAAUGAUGUGCUGCAGGAGCAAAUCUGAUCUGCUGGGUGGUUGGUGCUGCGGUUUGCUAUACUGUGAUGCAUGCUGUAUUGUAACUCCAUUUGUAGGACAAUUAUGUGUAUUUCGUUCCCAAAUUCGUGCCUAAAUGGUGAGCGAGCAAAAUUGUGAUAGAACUUUAUUUCUGCAAUGCCCAUAUGUCCCAAAUGCUCUACAUGCAAACAUUUAGUUUUCUCAUCUUAUGAUGUUUAUUUUUUCUCUUCUUUUUGUUGUUUUCCCGGACUGAAUAAGCGGCUGUUGUUUGCUACUGUACAUAUGAACCAUUGCCGGAACAUUCU